AUGUCGUAUUUACAAAGGAUGAGGAAGUUAUCGAAACAAAACCAUCAAAUAGCAUUGCUGAACUACGACGUCAAUUUUCAGUUCUACCAGUAUUAUAUAGAUUCAGAGGAGAAUUUGGGAAUCUGUAUUGAAGAUUUUCGAAAUAUGAUCAGCCCUUUUGAUACACAUAGUAUUGUGUAUUCCGCCAUAAUGAUAACAUGCACUUUGAUAUCUACAAUAUGUUUACUCUCAACACUAAUAACAUACUGUUUAUUUCCCUCACUGAGAACUCUUCCUGGAAAGAUCAUCAUGAGCUUGACGUUUUCUAUGCUACUGUACCAUUCACUGUAUUUAGUAUUGAUAAUGGCCGAGAACGUUAACAAUGCAGUAUGUCAGAUAAUUGGAAUACUUACUCAUUUCUUCUUACUCUCAACACUUGGUUGUUUUACUGCGUGUACAGUUCAUAUGUUUAAAGUGUUUGGACAGAAGAGACUUACGUCAACACUCACGGCCAAUCUAAAUAAAUCAUUGAUCUGGUUGUAUAUAGUUUCUGCCUACGUCUCUGCAGCUGUUAUUGUUUCUGUCAACAUUAUAGUCAUAUACAUUGUAACAGACAAGUCCACUGGGUAUGGACGUAAUGGAAAAUGUUUUAUCUCACGUUUGGAAAGCUUUGUCGCAACAGUGUUGACACCAUUAUUUGCAACAUUUACUAUCAAUAUCAUUUUAUAUACAAUAACAGUGUAUAGACUAUUCAUAAGAACUACUUUGCAUUCAAACCUAUCUGAUACUAGAAACAAUAAAAUGGAAGUAGGUAUAUUCGUUAAACUUUUCAUUACUUCUGGAUGUUCAUGGAUAUUAUUGCUCGUUAAUUUCUUCGUAAAUGAAAUGCAUAUUUAUACUGUAAUAUCAGGUCUCAAUGGAUUACAGGGACUUUAUAUUUUCAUAGCUUAUAUCUGUAACAAACGUAUUUAUCGAUUAUACAAAAGUAAACUGGGAAUUUCCGAUCGAGACUCGCAUCCUAGUUCGAAAACAACUACAACUAUGAUUUCCCUUUCGCGUUCACGAAUUACGAACUCAGAAAGUGUACAAAAACAACGCUCUUCUUAAACUACAGAUAAAACCGUCAGUUUACAUAAAAUUUAAAGUACAUUGUCAUAGAUUUGAAUAAUUCACUCAUACAGGAUGUAUGUAGUCCUGAUAUUUGGAAACAAUAUGACAUGUUAGAAACCUAUGUUUAUCAUUCUUUUCAUUUUAACAAUCAAUAUUGUUUUACUGAUUUUAACUAAGGGAGACCACUACGUAUCGAUCUAAAUAUCUGCGUAUUGAAAUUGUAAAAUAAUUGACAUUAAUUUGGUGAAUACAAGAUAAUAGGGUUCAGUUGAACUAUUGUAGACGUUUGAGUUAAAUAUGAUUAUGUUUACAGCCCAUUUCUUGAAA